AGCUUUCCCCUUUGGGGUAGGUUUUCCCAGCUUCCCUGAUGCCUGCCAACCAGGUGCAUGGGGUUUCAGUCUGUCCUGCAGCAGCAGAACUCUCCCCUUUCCUCCCCUCUGCCAAGGACAUGGAGCAGUCCUGCUGAGAUACUGAUCUUCUGGGAGCCUUAUCCCAAGGUGAUGAGGUGAGACUAGCCUGGUCUGUCUCCUGCUCACCGCAGAGCCUGACUGAAUUGGACAUCAGCUCUCAAAUCUAGAUUGUUACACUGGAAUACCAAGAGCACGCUCCCUUUGUAAAUGCAAAUGUCUUAGACUGUAGGACUACCUUGGCUCCAGAAAUAGCCCAGGACCUUCCCUGGCACUGUGACAUCAGCCCUCCCAAAGAUGGUAGAAAUGUCUUCAUUGUUCUGCAUGACAGUCGUUACUGCUAAUGCCCACCACUGUGGCCUUGGACUCAAAGAUGUUUUUCUCCUUGAAGUGCCAGGUGCUGGUCAACUGUCUCCUUCCACUUCCAGCCAAGAACCUUUUUUAAUCUGUCCCAUUCUUCCCCCUGGAUUUUGUCAGGGAACAGGAGCUUUCUCACCUAUUUCCAAAGGCACUCACUGGCUGCACAGGUCACACAAAUACUCCACGUUUGCACUGCUGUUUGAUGCUGACCAGUCCCAUGCACGGGAGGCUUUUACUGACAGUGCCUCCAUGGGGGUGACAGUUGCUCUGGCUUUGCUGUGCUGUCACCUGAGCCCACAUGGAGCAAGGAGCUCCUCAGCCCAGGGCCAGCUGCUCCUUUCACACUCCCUUCCACAACAUCUCCAUGCUUGGCAGACCUGCUCUGCCUACCCCAAUGCUGACGGCUGCAUGGGGCUCCUCCUAACACUCUUAAUGGUGUCUUCCCUAAAACUGUUCUGACAUGAGUGCUGUCCCUUGACGGGCCAGUGCUGUUCCAUGCUUUCUUCAGUGUGUAGAGUAAGGUCAGAUGGACCCUCAGCCAGUCUGAGGAUGAGACCAGGCUGAGCAGUGCAGCUGGAGAGGGGGAUGUCAUCCAGAAGGACCUUCAGGCCCACAGGAACCUCGUGAAUUUUGAUAGUGCCCUGCACUUUUGUUAGGGCAAACCCUGGAGAAGAGAUGGCUCUGGGGAGCCUUGUUGUGUCUUGUCUAUGUCUAAAGGGGGAUUGUAAGAAAAAUGGAGAGGGGCUUUUCACCAAGGCCUGUAAGGACAAGGUGAAAAGCUGACAGAGGGUGGGGUUAGUAGGACAUGAAGGAGGGUUUUAUGGUGAGGCUGUGGCUCAGGCUGCCCAGAGCAGAUGCCUCAUCCCUGGGACCAAGCUGGACAGGGCUCUGAGCAUCUUGGUCUAGUGGAGGUGUCCCUGGAAAUAAGUCAUGUCUUUGGCCAGGGCUCCAUGUGCCACACAGAUAGUGUCUGACCCAAGCACUGAGUGCUGUGUACCUCUCAGAACUGACUGUGCAGGGGCAGAUCAGUGCUCAGUGCCUCUGGUUCAGCAUUGGCCACGUGCACCUUGCACAAGUGAUCACUAAGUGCACCAAGCUGCUGCCUUGGCUGCUGACCUCUGUGCCUUGAAGGUGGAAACUUGACUUGCCAAGCAGACACCAGUCAUCAGCCUUGGAGUAGCAGUCUUCUGCUCUUGGAUAGCAUGUGAAUGCUGCCAUACCCCACAGGAGAAACUUCUGUAUGUGAUAUGGAGUCCUGAGUUAUUCCAGGGCUGCUAUUUUUAGUACCAAGGAGUCAUUUGCAAGGGCACACACAACCUUCUGUUUCCCUAGGGACAGACAGAGAUGGCUGUGAUGACUGACACAGGAGAAUAAAGAAUGUGAAAUUAACAAGUUCUGGAGUGUUUAUUUUUCCUGGAUAUGUGCAUUUGCAUGGAUUCUGUAUUUGGGAGGCCGGGGGCUGCACAACCUUUGGAUUGUCACAUCCUGGGAAGGAGGACUUGGGAUGGGUGGGCUGGCACGGGGUGCUGCUGCGCCUGCCUGGGACAGAUGAGACUCCAGCACACACCAGCUGUAGCAGAAAAAAUUAAAUGCAGGAGCAAAGCAAACAGAGAGGGUGGGGACAGGAGGAACAGAUGCCACAGUAGCACCUCUGGUGCUACUGCUGAACCGUGGACAAGUGGGAGCUCAGCCAAAAGCAAGGUGAAAAAAAUGCCUGAACUUGUCCCUUCCUUGCCAGAGUAGAGCAUGAAGUGGGGAGCACUGUGGGGCAGGAAGGGCUCCAGGAGUCCUGGCAGGACAGGGCUGAGCUGGGGCCAGCUGAAGUGCUGGUGCUGGCAGGGCCAUGUGGCCGAGGUCAGCUGUCACCAGCUGGCCCCAGAUCAUAGUUUUAGCUGCAGCUGCCAAGCCAAGCCCAGCUGUUCUGUGGUACAAGGCAAGAGUUGCUUGCUCCUGAGAUGAGGAGUGCGGCCCUGGGGCAAAAUCACAAGACUUUGCAGGUUUUGCUUUCUGGUCCCUGAGCUGAGUGCUACAGAGUUGAAAGAAACACAUUUUUAUGGAUCUUCUGCCAAAACUUGGGGCUGUGUGUUUCUGACAGCAAUUUCCCUUCCUCUGUACGGUGCUGGAAUUGUUUUUGUUGUUCUAAUCCCCAGGCUCAGAGACUUCAAUUGUAGUGGAGCCUGAGCUGCUUUUCAGGCCAGAAGUAUCUUUGUGCUCCACGUCUGUAUUUAAUUAGACCAGUUCAUGGAGAUCAAUGUGAUGUUUUACAUGUUGAAGUAGGAUCGUGUUCCAAGAUAAGACCUCAAAGAUCAACCUGUUUAAUUUUGGUUCCCCUUUUACUUGCAAAUUCCAAGGAUUAUUUCCUACUUUUUCAGUUCCAAUACUUCAGAGGAACCUUUACUGCCUAUUUACAUUUCCAGUGUCCUGUUCCCUGUUCCUGCCCCUGCCUGGGUGAGGUGGGCUGAAGGCUAAUGUGAUGGCACACGGCAGGGGCAUGGGGGCAGCGUGUCCCUCAGGGCAUCUUGGACACUGUGGAGGUGGAGGUGGUUCCUUCACCUCAUCUCCUCUAAAUCUGCACUGUGGAACUUGAGGGAUGAGCUGAGAGGUCAUGACCAUCUCCCUUCCCUGGCUGUGACAGCUGACAGCCGGGGCAGCUGCAUUAGCCUUUAACAAAGGGCUGGUGCCAAGAGCAGCAUCUGGGGUGGGGAUACAAAACCAGCACAAAUCCUGCAUCUCUGCACCUUCCUGUCCCAUCAACAGAAGGUAAAUUGAGGCAAGUUUGUGCUGUUUCCAAGUUUGCUGUCAUGGAUGUCCUUCCAGGAAACAGCAUCCAGCAAAUGCAAACAGCUAAUUAGAACAGAAUAAGGGAAAAGAGAAAUGCAGAGCUAGAAAUAGUUCCUUACAUAAAGGACUAGUGCCUCAAUCUCAUUAGUGUCUUAAGGAGCGGGCAAACCCCAAUCUGAUCAGCAAUCGGCUUUGGGACCCGGCAGGUGCCGCGCGGCACCGGGACUCAGCUGUGCCCUGUGGGCAGCCACUCCGCUGCCCCAGGCUCGCAGCACUGUCCCAGAAAGCGUGUGGGCAGUGGGGGUGUUCCCAUGAAGGCAGAGAUGCUGUCCUGAGCCUGUAACAGGAGUCACCGCUCCGGAGGCUGGGCACCAUGAGGCAGCAGCGGAGCAGGCGCGCGAGUCUCUCGGCCAGCCUGAAGAUAGGGGAUCACUGGGGCCACUGCCGGACCCAGGAGGAGGAGGAAUCCUACAUCCCAUUUGCACAGGACAGCCUGGUAAGGCAAUGGAACUCCAUGCAGAACGUGGCAGGUGGUAAGCAGGAGAAGAGCCAGACUCCCAUCCAAAGGAACAAAUACCUUCUCAACAUUAACGUGGGUGGCAAAUUGUUCCAGAUAGCUUAUAAGGUACUGGCCCGGUACCCUGUCACCCGGCUUGGGAAGUUGGCGCUCUAUACAGACCCUGUGAAGAAGCUGCAGCUCUGUGAUGACUACUUGGUGCAGAAGAAUGAGUACUUCUUUGAUAGAGAUCCCUCAAUUUUCCACUACAUCUUCCACUUCUACCGCAGUGGGGUCCUGUGGGUGAUGGAUGAGAUGUGCCCCAGUAAUUUCGUGGAGGAAAUCGAGUACUGGGGAAUCCAUCUGAAAUACUCCCAGCGCUGCUGCCGGAUCCUGUUAGAGGAAAAGCGAGAUGAACUCAGUGAGUACCUGAAAAUAGAGAAGGAGCUGGAGGCAGAACUGGAGCCCCUGGAGUCAGGGACGCAGUUUGAUGGCAAAUUUCUGGGUCCGUUUCGGAAAAUGGUCUGGAACCUCAUUGAGAACCCGUACUCUUCUGUCCCAGCCAAGAUCAUUGCUGUUAUGUCGAGCUUCUUUGUGCUUAUCUCCAUUGUGGGCAUGACACUGAGCACAGUGGAGGAGAUGAAAAACAAGACAGGGAAAAUGUGGAUGGAGCAGAUGGAGAUGAUCUGUGCCAUCUUCUUCACCUCUGAAUACCUCAUGCGGCUCAUAUCCUCCUCCAGCUUCAAGAACUUUCUGCGGGCAGCGUUUAAUGCUAUAGACCUGGUGGCCAUCCUGCCCUUCUACAUCCAGAUCCUCUUUGAAAAUCUGGAUGAUGGAGACAUGCAAUACCACGAGGAGCUGCACAAGGUGGAGAAUGUGAGCAAACUGGGCAAAGUCCUCAAGCUCAUCAAGCUCAUGAGGAUCUUCCGCAUCCUCAAGCUGGCACGUCACUCCACUGGCCUCCGGGCCUUCAGCUUCACCAUGCGCCAGUGCUACCAGCAGGUUUGCUGCCUCCUCCUCUUCAUUGCCAUGGGGGUCUUCACCUUCUCUGCUCUCAUACACUCGGUGGAACAUGAUGUCCCUGGCACUGACUUCACCAGUAUCCCCUGCGCGUGGUGGUGGGCAGCGGUCAGCCUCUCCACUGUGGGCUACGGAGACACUGUGCCUGACACAAUACUCGGCAGGAUGGUGGCAUUUGUCUGCAUCUCCUUCGGCAUCAUCCUCAAUGGAAUGCCCAUCUCCAUCCUCUACAACAAAUUUUCUGACUACUAUGCCAAGCUGAAGGCCCAUGAGAUGAGCCAGUCACUUCAGCUUUCCAGGAGGAUCCGCCUCAAAGAGCGAGUCCUGCGGAAGUUCUCAGAGUGCUGGAGCGCUGACCCCCGCUAUUACCGCUGACCCCAGGCUCCCCACCCCCAGCCAUCCCCUGUCCUGGCCAUCCUCCCAGUAGGUCUUGUCCCCCAGGGAUGCUCUGAGCUACAGGCAGAGUCACAGCAGUGCUGGGGCUCUGCUGUUGCACGGGGGCUGCCCCAGCUGGGACCACCUCCCUGCUGCGUGCUGGGCAAUGCUGUCUGCAGAGCAUCAGUCAGGGAGCAGAACAGCCAGGCCAGGAUGUUUGUCUGCCAUGGGCUGAGGCCAGGGGCCCCCUGAAUCACAGGGAGUGAGGGAUGGGACUGAACUGUUCCCUGUGUGACUCCUGUGCAGGUGCUGCUCCGUUCCCCACUGAGUGGGACACACACAGGCUCCCCCUGCCCCGUGAUCCCUCCCAGGCCAAGCAGCCCAGGCCUAGUCUAGUGUGGGGGUUUGGGUGAAGCCCAGAGGAAAGGCUUACAGCCAUGCAUUCUUCCAGCCAAAUCUGCUCUUCUUCCCACUGCUCUGCAGUUUGGGGCACAGGCUUGACUUGGGGUGCUGCUGUGACAGGACCCACCUGCACUAUAGGCAAUACAGAGCUUGUAGCCAGAGCACCCCCAGGAACAGGAUUUAAUAAAUCCUCCAUUGUCAUGGAUUCUUGUCCAGCCACUGUGUGUGGUUCAGUAAACUGCUCAUCAUUCGCGGGGAGGAGGGGACAUCCCCCCAAGGCUCACAAGUCCAUCAGUCUUCUCAGGGAUGCAGAUGAGCCUGUCCAUGCAUUAGUUUUGGAACGAGGUGCCUGGGUGCAUUGGAACCGGAGCUGGCACGUGCAAUGAUCAGGACACACCAGUUGGCUCUGCCCGGUAUUCACGUCAUAGGAGGCAGUGGGGAACAUGUCUGGGGGGCACAGGAGAAGGAUUUGCCCUCUGGUGUGGGACCAUGUCCAGUGAAACAGCCUCCUGAAGGAAGGAGAGAGGAGAGAGGGACCUCGGGCUGCAGGGAGGGUUGGCAUGGGGAAAGGCCAACAGCUGCUGGUGCUGCUUCCAGGUGAACAGGUGGAAGAAACAGAUGCCAGCCAGGCCAAGGUGCAAUUCACUCACUUGUGAGCUGGGCUUGGAGAUGCAGAGGUGCCAGGGGUCUCCUGGUAUCAGCCUGGGACUGUGGCUAAGCUGCUGAUUUUGAAAACUUGGAAAGAGACUUGGAGGAGCUGAGUGCUCUGGCAGGGACAGCCACACUCCCACUGAGAGCUGGACUGCAGGGGACAAGGAGGCUGUGCCACCAGGUGUGAGGGGACCCCUGCCCUGCCCACCAACACCUAUACCCAUUCCCUGGUAACCCACAUUGACACCUACCCUCUGUACACCCCCCCAGCACUGACCUGACCCCACAGCAUUGGACAGCUCUGGUUUCCACCCUAUUUCUCUUCCGUGAGGAACAUUCUCUCUGGGUACAGCAGUUUCCUCUGACCAUCUUCCCCCAGAGCUCUCCCACCUCACUGUCCUGGUUUCAGCUGCAAUAUAGUUCAUUUUCUUCCCAGUGGCUGGUACAAGGCUGUAUUUUAGAUUCAGGCUGAGAAUAAUCUUGAUCACACACUGAUCUCUCAGCAGCCAAUUGCUGCUAGGAGACAGGCUGGGCACAGAUUAGAGGGUGCUGAGCAACUGGGUAUUGGGCAUCACUUGUCUGUCUUGGGGUUUAUGACUCCCUCCUUUUGGUGUCUCCCUUUUCAUUACAAAUAUUAUUAAAUAUUACCAUAUUUUAUUUUAUUUCUAUUAUUGGACUUUCCGUAUCUCAACCUACAUAUUUUACCUUUUCUUCUGAUUUUCCUCCCCAUCCCACCAGGGUGGAGGGGGAGGGCAGUGGCUGCAUGGUGCUUAGUUGCCGUCUGGGUUAUAAACCACGACAGCCACCAGCACCCACCCACCCCAGCAUUAUCAUUUCCUGGCACCUCUAUAGACACCCUCAUCCCACCCCAGACCCUGUCACCACAUUCCUCCAAGCACCCCCAUCACCUGCUCAUUUCCCUGCACCCCCAGCUGCAGGCUGAUGUGUCCUGAGAUCAUUCAGCUUUCAAGGAAU